AUGGCGUUCAACGACGAUGAGAAGCCUCCCGCUUCCAAUGCAGGGAGCACCAAGGGGCUUGUGACGAUCAAAACGCCGACCUACAGCAAGGACGACGUGGCGCUGACGGCGGACGCCGUGACGGCGGUGGUGGAGCUGAACGCCACAUCCUCCACGGCCGUGAGGGAAGGGCUGGAUCUGGUGGCGGUGCUUGACGUGAGCGGCAGCAUGGAGGGGACCAAGCUGCAGAGCAUGAAGACAGCGAUGCACUUCGUGGUCAUGAAGCUCACCCCCGUGGACCGCCUCUCCAUCGUCUCCUUCACCAACUCGGCCACCAGGCUCUGCCCUCUCCGCUCCAUCACCCAAGCCGCCCAGACCGACCUCAAGGCCAUCAUCGACGGCCUGGUCGCCGGCGGCGGGACCAACAUCGAGGUCGGCAUGGAAACCGCGCUGUCCGUCAUCGCCGGCCGCGUCACCACCAAAGCCCGCACCGCCAACGUUUUCCUUAUGUCCGACGGACAGCAGAACAGCGACACCGACGCCACGCGACCCGAUCCCGGCACGGUGAGCGUCUACACGUUCGGCUUCGGCAAGGACGCCGACCACGCGCUGCUCAGCAACGUCGCCAGGAAAUCCCCCGGCGGCACGUUCAGCUCGGUGCCGGACGGCGGGAACGUGAGCGCGCCCUUCUCGCAACUGCUGGGUGGCCUCCUCACGGUGGUGGCGCAGGACGUGCAGCUCACGCUGACGCCCAAGACGGAAGAACCCCGUGACCUGGACACCAUGUUCGUGGCGCCCGGGACGGACUACACGCAAACCACCGACGGCGACACCGGCGUCAUCACCAUCAAGUUCGGCACCCUCUUCAGCGGAGAGACGCGCAAGGUCGCGGUGAACCUCACGCUCCUGGAAAGCACCGACACGACGGACUACGACGCGCCGUUGGCCGAGGCCCAGCACAGCUACACCGCGCAGCAUGGCCUCCAGAACCAGACCCCGCAGGACAUUCUCAUCAACCGCACCGCCAACCCGUCCGAGGCACCCACCAGCAGCAAGGCCCGGGCGGUGCUGGCGGAGAUGGCGCGGCGGCAGCACGCCGGGGCCAUCGGCGAGGCAAGGGUGCUGGCGGACGCGCAGAACCUGGACGAGGCGCGGUACAAGCUGGCGGACGCGCAGAACGCGCUGGAGGACAUCGUGCUGGACGACGGGCAGAAGCUGGUGGGCAUGCUCCGCGCCGAGCUGCUGCAGCUGCUCGGGCUCAUGGAGUCGCAGGAGCUCUACGAGGCCGAGGGGAGGCCAUACGCGCUCGCCUCCGAGACGUCGCACGGGCGACAGCGAUACGCAGCCAGGGGCGGCGACAUGGACGCCGUCCGCCUCUUCGCCACGCCGCGAAUGGACACCUACCUCGAGCAGGCCAAGCAGUUCGAGAAGGACCCCACCGCGCCGCUGCCCUCCGCCGACGACGAUGUCAAGCAGGAGAUCGCGGCCGACCCGCUCGCCGCCAUAUCCGCGCCGCUCGCCUUCUACAUCAAGGCCGCUAUCCAGGCGCUGCAGGAAAUCGAGAAGCUCGUCACGCCCACCAACAACUAG